AAGAGGAAGCUUUUCUUCUUCUUUUUUUUUUAUGAUGAUAAUGGCACAUGGGCGGCACAGCUAGUGCCGUCUUUUGUGUUGUGUAUCAUUAUAAAUUUGAUGGCAAUUUAGAGUUAUCUGCUCAUACAUAACUGUGAUCUUCACGUUCACUGUUGUUUGUUUCUUCUUUCUCUGCACAAAAUCUUUAUCUGUUUCUUUCGACUUUGGUCUUUCUUGGAAGUUCUUUUGUUAGACUAUUUGACUACUUAGUUCUCAGAGAGGUAGAUUUGAGUUUAGUAUUUAUGGAAGGUAAAAGGCAAUCGAGUUCUUCUUCUUCUUCCUUCACUGCUGAUCUUUUUGGCACCAAGGAGUCACCACCACCAUCUUCCUCAGGGAUUUUUGCUUCUAUUCUGUCACCUCCAUCUAUGGGGGUAGGGAGGAAUGCCUCGAAUUCUGAGGUUAUGGGAUCUUGGCAAAAACAGCAUCCGGGGAACAAAGACCGGAUUAGCUCCAAACAAGGAACUGCAGCUUCAUGUACUGGGGGUGCAAGCUGUAACAUACCCAACAAGAACAAGAGUUUUAUUGUACAGGAAGAAAUCGCAGAACCAUGUCAUCUAAGUUCAUCUCUUUAUUACGGUGGACAAGACAUCUACUCCCAUUCCCCAAGCUCUCGUGCCGCUGGAUCAUACCCUGUGUUUAAGAAAGAUGGGGAAGAAGAUGAUCCCAAUGGCAACUCACAUGGUGCUUCUAGAGGAAAUUGGUGGCAAGGUUCACUUUAUUAUUAGGACCUUUCUUUCCCUAGACACAUGAAUUCUCCGCCUGUUAUAAGGUAUGUUGAAUCAUAGAAUCUACUUCAGAAAGGGUGAUUCGGUUUUCCUCAGUAAAGCCAUUUUUGGAUGUUCACCCCAUAUUUGCACUGAAUCAACUGUUUUAAUGCAGCAUCUUUUCUCUUGUAAAAGAAUUUGAUGAAUAAAAAAACAAAAUAGUUUGUUUAGUUGUUUGAUCUGUUCCUCUCUUCUUUUAAUUCCACUUUUUGCAGGAAUUCUUGAAGUCUAAUGAAGUAAUGACCACGCAAGACAUGCAAUAUAAACAAUUAAUAGCUGUUGUAGAGAGCCAUUAAGUUUUUCUAAUAGCUUCUCCAGUUUUUAUUAUUUUACCACUUUGUAUUGGGCUAUGUCUAUAAGAGGCAAUUGUGUCAUGUAUAUAUGCUUUUUUUUUUUUUUAAGCCUGGAAAGGCA